GUCACCACAUUCUUCACGACUCUUCCCAUUCUUUUUUCUUUAUAAUUUUCCAAAGCACAGAAAUAAAAAAAGAAAAGAAAGAAAAUUACAUCUUAUUUGAAACCGCCGACGUCUAAACUUCUCUCUGUUUUAUUCGUUUAAGUGAUGAGAUUCAGAUCCAAGACUUUGUUAUUGCCGGUGAAUUGGCCGGGGUUUACAAGAGCUUUCGGUUAGGGUUUCGAAGAGCAAUUUGGGGUUUUCUGUUUUUGUUCCUUUUUUGUCUGAUGAUGAUGACUGGGGAGGAUAACUAUAAUGGUAGCUCUGGUUUCUUGUCAACUGGUUAUCCCUCGGCCGAUUUUGAGUUCGACGGUCUAAGCAUCGAUCUCGACGACUUCAAUCGCAUUCUUGAAGAGACUCCUGGUUCUUUGCAGAGCAAUCCAGAAGAUCCAUCAUUUAGAAAUAUGUCUCAAGGGGAGUCGGCUCCUGAAACCAACCAAUUUCAGAGUGAGUUGCUUUCAUCGGAGUUUGCUUUUGGAGAUCUUUUAAGAUAUCCUUCUGAGGCUUCAGUUGCCAGGGCAGGGUCUCUAGGUGGCUUAUUUGAUUAUCAUAGGGAAUUGGAACCGCCUGCACAUGAUUCUUUGGUCCAGACAUCCUCUGCAAGUUUUCAAGACUUCUUUUCGACUGGUAAAGGGACAUCCUGCAUGGAGAGGGGUCAAAUGUCUGUGCUUCAGAUUUCUAGCUGUAGUACAGAAUCUAGUUUUGCUGAGAUAGAUCACAACCUUGUGUUAGAUCAUGGAGAUAAUUUAAAUUUUGAUCUUGUGGAUAAUAGAAAUGGUACAGAAUCCAAGAAUAUCGCAGAGGAGUUUGACAACAAAAAUGCUUUGCACGACCUUUCUGUUGAGAACAUGAACUUUGUAUUUGAUAAUUGUGGUGCCAUUCUAACUAAUACGUUGGAAACCCCAGAAGCUCCUGAAAAUGAGGUAGCUAUGCCUAUGGAGUUUUCCUCCGUUGAUGCUAAUUUGACUUCACAUAAUGUCACUUCUAAUGAGUCUUCCUUUUGUCACGGUUCUGAUAUUGUUAGUGAUGUUAGUGAUCCUUGUUCAGUUUUACCUAAUUGCAUGAAUGGAGAUGUUGGGUAUUUUGCUCAUUCCUCAAUGCACUGUUGGUAUAAUUCCUCAAAUUUUAUGUUUAAAGAAAGCAAGGAGGGUGAAGUGAUUGAAUUUCCAACUGAGAGUGCAUGUUCAAGUAGUAGGAUGAUUUUUCAUGAUCAGGGAAGGACGAAUAAUGGUUCUGUGCCACAACUCUCAUUGACUGAUUUCUCAGAUGUAAAGCAACAGCAUUUUGAUGUUAAAGGAAAUGGACAUAUUUUAUCAGCAUGUGGAAAGUUGUCAUAUACUGCUAAUGAUAGGCUUUUUGAUGACAAUGGAUCAGUGCAACCAUUCAAUCGCAUUGCUUUUUGUGCAAAGAAUGAAUAUGAUAAAUUUGUUACACCAGGCAACAUCUUCUGCAAUUCUACUGAAGGUUUUGAUAGAGCUGGAUGGAGCAAGUCUAUUAGCAGGGUUGAUUCACUUGAAGAAUCUAAGCAGUUCUUGUCUGAUGUUCCGCCUAUAUCAAAAAAGGUAUUAAUGGUUAAUGGCAAGGAUGCUCAUCAUUCUCAUCAAGAUAUAAAUCUAACUGUUAGUAGUCAAACUUCCCUUGGCGGCGUGCAUUUAGAGCAGUAUUUACCCAGCUCUCACCCAAUUACUUCAUCCAUGGUGCAUUUUGGUUGUUUUGAGCAUGAAAAAAGGAGCACAUUAAUUCCUUCGAGAAGUAUUGGUCUUUCAAAAGUUAGUCCUGAAUCUAUUCACAGCACUUCAUCAGAUUGCAGAUCUCAUGUUGAUAAUGAUCCUGAUAUAUGUAUUCUUGAAGACAUCAGUCAGCCUGCCCGCUCACAUCAGUCCUUGGUGCUCGUUAAGAAGACUCCUAGUUUGCCAAAUGUUGCAUUUAGUAAUCCGCAUCAAAACUCUGGAAUGGGGGGUAUCAGGCUCAAGGGAAAUGAUGAGCGGUUAAUUUUUCGGGUUGCAUUGCAGGGUCUUUCUCAGCCGAAGUCUGAAGCUAGUCCUCCAGAUGGUGUUUUAACAGUACCUCUUCUGCGACAUCAGAGAAUUGCUUUGUCAUGGAUGACCCAGAAGGAGAAAGCUGGCUCACACUGUUGGGGAGGAAUUCUUGCAGAUGAUCAGGGAUUAGGAAAAACUGUAUCAACAAUUGCACUUAUUCUUAAUGAAAGGCCUCCUUCUUCUAGAGCAUCUUCUCAAGAUAUGACUAAGGUUGGGAUGGAAAUGUUAAAUUUGGAUGAUGAUGAUGAUGAUGAUAAGGAUGAUGUGGGUGAUGAGGAAGGGAGGAAGCAAGAAUCUGACAGCAGUCAAGUUAUGUCAAAUGGUGCUUCAAAUAAAAGCUCUUCUCCAUCAGGGCAAGCAAAGGGAAGGCCGGCUGCUGGAACUCUCAUUGUAUGUCCCACAAGUGUAUUGCGGCAAUGGGCAGAGGAGUUGCAUAAUAAGGUGACGAGCAAAGCUAAUCUCUCUGUUCUAGUAUACCAUGGAAGCAACAGAACUAAGGAUCCUUUUGAGUUAGCAAAGUAUGAUGUUGUCAUCACUACGUAUUCUAUUGUUAGCAUGGAGGUCCCAAAGCAGCCUCCUGCUUGUGGAGAUGACGAUGAGAAAGGGAAGUGGGAAAGUGAAAAUGCUUCAUCUAAUGAUUUUCCAGAAAGCCGGAAAAGGAAAUGCCCAUCUAGUUCUAAUAAGAAAGGGGUGAAGCAUAAGAAGGGAGCGGAUGAAUUGCUUCUUGAUUCUGUUUCUCGACCUCUUGCAAAAGUUGGAUGGUUUAGAAUUGUUCUAGAUGAGGCCCAAAGCAUAAAAAACCAUAGAACUCAAGUUGCUAGGGCCUGUUGGGGCCUUCGUGCUAAACGUAGAUGGUGCUUGUCUGGGACUCCAAUUCAAAAUGCCAUUGAUGACCUUUAUAGCUACUUCAGAUUUCUGAGAUAUGACCCUUAUGCUGUUUACAAGUCAUUUUGUUCUGCCAUAAAAAUCCCAAUUUCUAAAAAUCCAGCAAAAGGGUAUCCGAAAUUGCAAGCUAUCUUGCAGACAAUAAUGUUACGUCGCACCAAAGCUACACUUCUUGAUGGGAAACCAAUUAUUAACUUGCCACCAAAAGUGAUAGAACUGAAAAAGGUGGAAUUCACAGAGGAGGAACGUGAUUUCUACUCCAGACUGGAGUCCGAUUCACGUGCUCAGUUUAAAGAGUAUGCAGCCGCAGGGACUGUCAAACAAAACUAUGUGAAUAUCUUGUUGAUGCUUUUGCGUCUUCGCCAAGCCUGUGAUCAUCCUCUUCUAGUAAGGGGUUUUGACUCAAACUCUUCUCAGAGAUUGUCAAUUGAGACUGCAAAGAAGCUUCCUCAGGAGAGGCUAACAUUUCUUCUGAGUUGUUUAUCUUCUUUGUCACUAUGUGGCAUCUGCAAUGAUCCGCCAGAAGAUGCUGUUGCUGCUGUAUGUGGUCAUGUUUUCUGCAACCAAUGCAUCUCUGAACAUCUCACUGGUGAUGACUACCAGUGUCCCACUGCAAAUUGCAAAGUUAGACUUGGUGCAUCAUCUGUGUUUUCAAAUGCCACUUUAAACAGUUCUCUCACUGAGCUGCCUAGUCGGGAAACUUCCCUCAAUAGUUCUGGUUCUAAAGUUGCUGAGGUAAUUGGGCCUUAUUCAGAGGAUAGUUUGUAUGGUUCUUCCAAAAUCAAGGCUGCCCUUGAUGUCCUGAAGUCACUAGCUAAACCUCAAGAUGAUAGAUUAAAGAUUAGUGGCUGUCCAGAAGGUUCAUCUGGCCUCCAAUCUGGGGACUCACCAAAUGGUUAUCAUGAAGAAAAAAUUCCGGUUACAGGUGAAAGUUUGAAUGGUUCUUCUAAGGUACUUGGAGAGAAAGCCAUAGUAUUUUCCCAGUGGACGAGGAUGUUGGAUUUAUUUGAAGCCUGUCUUAAAAGUUCUUCCAUCCAAUAUAGAAGACUUGAUGGAACCAUGUCGGUUGCUUCUAGAGAUAAAGCGGUGAAAGAUUUCAACACCCUACCAGAGGUAUCUGUUAUGAUUAUGUCUUUGAAAGCUGCCAGCCUUGGGCUGAACAUGGUUGCAGCUUGCCAUGUUCUUCUGCUGGAUCUUUGGUGGAACCCUACAACUGAGGACCAAGCAAUUGAUAGAGCACAUCGAAUUGGGCAGACUCGCCCUGUAACUGUUCUACGAUUAACUGUGAAAGAUACAGUUGAAGAUCGUAUUUUAGCUCUUCAGCAUAAGAAGAGAGAGAUGGUUGCAUCAGCAUUUGGGGAGGAUGAAACUGGUGUUCGUCAGUCUCGUCUCACAGUAGAAGACUUGGAAUACUUGUUCAUGGCAUGAGAUUUUACCUUUAAAAUAGCCUUAUUUUGCAUUCCUAAAUUGGAGACAUUAGACUUGUUCCUGAUGACGUUGAAUCUUUGUUAGUUGGGGAUGGAAAGAUUAGAUAAUUCCCCAGCUUCUCCCUUUAGAAUCAUUUUCUGACCCAUCUUCCCUGCCUAGCAUACGUCAUUUUGCUGACCCAAAUACCAUUUAUAGGCUCGUUUGGACCUGAGAUGGAGGAUUUAAGGCUCUUCAGACACUUUGUGAAUACUCCCGAAAGAAUCCACACGAUAUACUCGUAGUCACAAAAGUAAAGUUAAUUUUUUUUUUCUCUGGCGAUUCAUAGUUUUCAACCUUUAAUAGUUUUAGUUAUUAGAGCUUUUCGAGUGAUUCUUUUAGUCAGAGUUGUAAAUGACGGACGAGUAUUGUUUUUUUACAAAAAUAGAGAAUUGGAAUUUGUAGCUUCAUUGGAUACUUUGAGUAGUAAGUAGUAUUUGGUCGUAGUGUAUUCGUAUUCGUUCAUUAACUUUUGAGGCGUCUAUUGAAGCCGAUGAAUAGAAUGAUCACUUUGAUCUCUGUUCAUUUCAUCCAAA